AUGCCACCCUCCUUCCUCCGCAAGAAGCCCCGCCACUCAAACCAGACCCCCGCCCCCAAGAACCCCCCCGCCAUCCGCCACUCUCUCUCGCUCCCCGACCUUACCACCCCCCUCAUCGACACAUCAAGCUGGGAGGAGGUGCCCCCAUUCACCUUCUCCUCCGCCCAGGGCGACUCCCCCGUCUCCCCUCGCGGCCCAGGAUCCCCAGUGAGCCCCCUCGGUCGGUCUUCCGGGACCAGGAACCGAAAGCCGAGCAUGGUCGGCGGCCACGGCGGAGAAGUGCAGUUCCAUCGCCCUUUUACGCCCAAGCUGGUGAUCAACUCGAGCCCGCACAACGUGUCCUGGGGCGGCGACUUUCGAGUCAGUGCAGCGCAGUGGGGGAGAGAUGCGUCUGGCAAGGCGCAAGGACAGGGGCUGGGGAGGCCAGAUGUGAGACAAAGUAUGGCGAGUGUUGCGAGCAGGCGCAAAUUCAUCAAUUUGAUGAUAUCUUCGCUUUCUGCGCCCUCGCCCGAACAAUUGAAGCCUACCCUUAACCCUGCUCCCACAAGUCGCCCACAAUCACACACCUGUCUCUCCACUCACUCUCAAGAUCGCAUUCUCUUACGCCUGAUUGACACUCCGGGUCUCGAACUGUGUCCCGAUGAAGAUAUUGUCGGAGGUAUUGCUGCCGCAACAGCUCUCGGGCACGGUGUAGGUGUGAAGGGCAAGGAGAGGGAGAGAGGCGUGAAGGGGCUCUUGAGGAUAUUGGAAGAGAGAUUCAAGUAUACAUUGAGGGAAGAGAGCAAGGUUCAAAGACGCGUCGGGGCCGAUGAGGGUCUCGUUCAUCUAGUGAUCUAUCUGAUAGAUGCCAGAGAAGUCUUACGCCCAGAAGAAGCUCGGAAACCCACCCAAGAGAUCGACUGGUCUUGUGUGGGUCUCUUUGACGACGAGGGCCUGCAAGAUCCCGAUCACGAGCAGACUGAUACCGAGACCAGUACUUUCGGGCCAAAGUUGUCCAGCAUUGAGAUAGAUAUUAUCGAUCGUCUUUCAAUACGGGCCAAUGUGUUACCCAUCCUUUCCCGCACAGACACCCUGACGGUAUCCGAGCUCGAAGCUGUCAAGGCUGCUGUUCAGCGUGAUCUCUCUGCUGCCUUUUCCAAGACCCCAGGUAGAGGCUUCGGUGUGUUUGGAAGCGAUGAAGAGAGCCUGUCUGAUUCCAUCAACAUCAAGGAAGAGGAUAUGGAAGUCGAUCAACCCGACCCUCGACCUCCCACACCGAACUCCAUCCACUCGACUGCCUCAUUAUCUGCUCCAGGAUUACCCUGGUCCAUUUUCAUACCCUCCCCGAGCGUUUCCGGUGGUCCUGAAGUGACAGCAGGCGUCCGGCAAUUCCCCUGGGGUACCGCUACAGUGCUUGAGCCAGAGCACUCGCAUUUCGGCCUGUUGCUAGACAACAUUCUUGGGGAAUACACCAAGGUGUUGAGGAACAAGACUAGAGAGGUGUUGUACGAGAACUAUAGGACUGAGAGAUUGUUGGCUAAGUCUCAAGGCAACUAG